AUGGCCCAACUUGGAGGCCAUCCUCUCCCACCGACUCCUCCCCCCGCCAUCUAUUCUCCUCCUCUGCGAACUGACAGUCCUCGCAUUGUCGAGCCUCCUCCACAAGAUCGAGGGAAUGCCCACGUUUCGCCAUACAGCCAUGACCCGGCAGAUGUCCACAUCCUUCCCCCAGAAGCCGCUGUGUCCAGGCCUUCGGGUCCUGUUGCUCCCAAUCGAUCCCUGACUCCUCAGCCUGCCAUAGGUCAGGACCCAAACAGGCUGUCACCAUCUCCACAGCCGAUGGUCAGGCGGCGUCCGGUCGAAGGUCAAGAGUCAGCUGGUCUGACUCCAGAACAUAGAAGAGUUGCCUCUGAGAAUAUCGCACUCAGGGAUGGUGACGUUGAAGGAUUGACCCCCUUUCAAAAGCGUUCAAUGAGACACGCAUCCACCUCGGCCCUCGAUAGUGAUCUCCCUUCUGACAAUUUCGAGCCCUUGCGGUACCAUCACCAUGCCCUCGAAGAUGUCGACCUGAGCAAGAGGGCCUCCCGGCUGACCGUAGCCACUGAUGGUUCUGGGCCCAGUGACAGUGCCCGAAACUCCACCUAUGGCUACAACACACAACGUCCUGUCUCGUCCUUUUCGAAUGCUUCCGAUAUAAGAGGACGCACCCAUUCUCCUCAAUUGUCGCCAGGACGCCCCGUCUCGAGGCAUUCAAGAUCUCCCGAUACUAGACCUCUGUCAUAUGUCGAUUUGUUAAAUGUCCCCUACCCUCAAGCUGCACCUAGCGGUGCCGAGAAUCUCAUCAAUUCUGGCCUGCGCACUGUUAUCGGCACCAACGCUUCACUCCUCUCCACCAGGAAAACUCUCGAGAUGUAUCGCCAAAAUGUCAAGAAAACAAAUGAUCCUGCCGUCCAGUACGAAUUUGCAGUGUUCAUGAUCAGCGCCGCCCAGGAGGAUGGGUUGGAGGUUGACCAUGCUUCCGAGUCCGCUGUGUCCGACAAGUCUCAUAACUCUGUGAGGGAAGAUCUUCUAAAAGAGGCCAAGCAUAUCCUACAGAAAUUGUCCGAUCGCUCAUAUCCAUUUGCCCAGUAUUAUCUUGCAGAUGGCUUCGCUUCCGGCUUAUUCAACAAGGGAAGAGAAGACUGGGAGCGUGCUUUUCCACUUUUCCUCGCUGCUUCCAAGCAUGGUCAUGCCGAGGCGGGGUACCGGACCGCCUUGUGUUAUGAGUUUGGCUGGGGAACUCGCAUUGAUGCAGCUAAGGCUGUUCAGUUUUAUCAGCAAGCAGCAAGCAAAAACCACCCUGGUGCAAUGCUCCGACUUGGACGCGCUUGUCUCACGGGUGAUAUGGGACUAGUUAAACGCUACCGUGAAGGGGUACGGUGGCUCAAGCGAGCAGCGGAAUCAGCCGACUAUCAGUACAAUCAAGGUCCCUAUGAUCUAGGAUGUCUUCACGAGACCGGAUAUGGGCCAGACGUGUUCAUGGAUGAAGCGUAUGCCGCGCAAUUGUACACGAAAGCCGCGGACUUGGGGCAUGUAGAAGCGAAUUUUCGACUCGGAAAAGCCUACGAGUUUGGGGAGCUCGGCUGCCCUAAAGAUGCAGCUCUGAGUAUUCAUUUUUACACAGGUGCCGCUGAAGGCGGCCACGCGGAAUCGCAAAUGGCUUUAUGUGCCUGGUAUAUGGUAGGCGUUCCUAACGUUCUGGAGAAGGACGAAAGCGAAGCCUAUGAGUGGGCCAAGAGGGCCGCCGCGCAGGGUCUUGCAAAGGCUCAAUAUACCCUCGGAUAUUUUACCGAGAUGGGGAUAGGCUGUCGUCGCGAUCCUUUGGAAGCGAACGUUAUGUACGUGAGCGCCGCGGAUCAAGGAGAAGAAAGGGCCAAACACCGCAUUGCGGCAAUCAGAGCCGCAUCGAAUGGUGCUGAUCCACUUACCGCGGCUGCUGGCAAGAAGGGAGCCUUGAUCGCGAGCAAGAGUUCAGGAAAUAUUGGUCCUCAGGGUAAGAACCUUCCUGAUUGCCAUGCCUCAUGUUUGAGACCACUGACCCUAAUUAUCACAGAGGGUGAAAAGAAGAAGAAAUUCGGCAUUUUCUAG